AAUCCCUUUUCCUGCACGCAUCCUGGAACUGGGAGGAGGAGGAGUAGGACCAUGAUAUCUAGGAUCGUGUUGCCAGGGGGAAGGUGGCACCGUCGGAGACUUGUGUUUGGAGAUGACAGCUGCAUGGACGAAGAAACACCACGGGGAUCUACGAAAUAGUAAACAGACAAGAUAGCGGUUAAAGGUCUACCUCGCCUCGCCGUGGAAAGGAGAUGGAGACACUGAUGAGUGCAGUGGCCCCGCGCUCCCCGGCCCCUGCCAACAGACCCUCGGAGGUGGACUUCAGAUCUGGGGCUCCCUUGGAGCAGCUCUCUGCACAGGUGACUGAGCUGGUGCACCAGGAGCAGGGAGAGUUUGGAGACCAGAUUGCCUUAGAGGUCCACACCGCCAAGGACUUCAUCUUCAACAUGCUAGGUCUUGUCCAGAAAAUUGACCAGCGCCUCCCGGUGGCCAACGAGUACCUGCUGCUGUCCGGUGGGGCGCGUGACGGCGUGCUCGAUCUCAACCCCUCGGACCUGGGCAACUAUGCCAAAGGAGCCGACUUCCACCUGGACUUUACCCUGCUCGUGCCUGCGCUCAAGCUCCACGACCGCAACCAGCCCGUCACCCUGGACAUGCGCCACUCCCCACCCUGCCACUCCUGGCUUAGCCUGCGCCUCUGUGACAAUGCUGUGCUGUCCCGCUGGAGCGUGUGCUGCGAGGAAGAGGGGGGGCAGAGCCAGGAGGAGGAAGAGCAGGGGGAGGAGGAGGAGGAAGGAGGUAAAGGCGUGCCUCCCUCGCUGGGCUCUCCACAGGCCCUGGAUGGCUGUUACUUCUCGCCCGCCCUGGUCACAGACUGGUUCUGGGGGGUUGUCCGGGAGGCCGUGGAGGAGCUGAGGAGAAGCCCACAGAGAGGCAUACCCACCCCGGAGAGACUGGAGCGCAAUGGGCCCCUCACCACAAUCAUCCUACAGGCGGGCUCCAGUCGUGUCCUGUACGACCUCCUCCCUGUAGUCUCUUUUCGGGGUUGGCCUGCGGUGGCUCAGGGUUGGCUCACGGCAAACCACUUCUGGGAUGGAAAGAUCACAGAGGAGGAGGCCAUCUCGGGCUUCUACCUGCUGCCCUGCUGUGCGCCAGCAGGAGGCAGAGCGGACCGUGAAUGGAGACUGGCCUUCUCCCGCAGCGAGGUCCAGCUGAAGAAAUGCAUCCCUUACCCCAUGGCCCAGGCCUUCCAAGCAGCUAAAUCCAUCUUAGCUCCUGUGCUAGCUCGCCCGCGCUCCGGCCUCAGCCUGUACCAUCUCCGCACCCUCCUCUUCUGGGCAUGUGACCGUCUCCCGUCAGCCUAUCUCUCCUGCCCCCACCCCGACACCCCCGGGCGCCUCAUGUUGGGCCUCCUUGAUGACCUGGCCCACUGCAUCCUGAGCAAAAACUGUCCCAACUACUUCCUACCACAGUGCAACAUGCUAGAGCACCUGUCCGACAGUCAGGCAUUGUUCAUAGCACGUAAGUUGGCGUGCGUGAGGUCGGACCCACUGGAGCACCUCCGCGCAGCGCAGCAGGCAGGGCAGCUAAAAAAGGAGCUAAUGGCUAAUGCUAACGGACAUGGGUCACCAGGGCAUCAGUCAAACGGGAUCAUAUCUCCAUCGGAGGAUAAGCUAGCGCAAAGACUGCAGCAGCUAGUCACAGAAAACCCCGGCAAAUCCAUAUCGGUGUUUCUAAAUCCCGAUGAUGUAACACGGCCGCAUUUCAGAAUUGAUGAUAAGUUUUACUAAAGAGAAAUGGUAGAAAUGGUACAGUAAUAGAGUGUAUGAAUAUUAAAAUGUUCUACAAUUGUUAUGAUUGAUAUGAUAUACCAUGAGCAACAACAAAAUCCAACAUUUGUUUAUUCAUGUUUUAGUAUAAAAUAGUCCCAUUGACAAAAGAGAGAUGUAGUAUAAUUUUGAUGAUUUUGAGUUUUUUGAUUUUAUUAUUUUUUACUUUUUGCUAACAUUGCAGCAUUAUAUAUAGUCUCCAAAAAGUACACAAAUGCUGCAUUUCAGGCAACUGGGAGGUCAGAUAUUGCCCAAAUGAACAGCUGACUUUUGACCUCAGAGCGUUCCAGACAUGGAUGUACAUGGUAGCUCAGAAUUAACUGUAAACAAUAUGGCUAAUGCUUAACUGUAGGUUAAAGAAAUAUAAACGUUAUAUGAAUGUCGCAGAAUAUUGACAGAUUUGGCCUGUAUCAAAUGUUUACAUUAAGUGGUGGUUAUCCACGCAGAACCACUUUUUGUGCUCAUGAUCAUUGUAAUGCAGCACAGUUUAACUCGUGUGAAGUGGGAGUCCUCCAGUCAACAAUUUACAAAUGUGAUUCACCAGUUGAAGGAACUUGCAAGGCAUUUUUUCAAGUCGUAGGUGAGAAAUAUCUCACUUACCAGUUGCCUGGAACGCACCAAAACUUACCUACAAUAUUUAACCAAGGGGACACUGUAUUUUUCUUGAUAUUUACAAAUGUAUUUAUUAUGUUUUGCAGUAUAUAUCCUCAAAAUCAGAUAUUGUUGCUAAGAUUUGUACGAUUAUAGUACUGUGACAUCUACAACUAAUAAUACUAAUAGUAAAGUUGGUAAAUACUGACUUCCCUAAUGUAGCCGCAACAAAGUGAACAUUUCAUACACAUGUCAGGGCGGUGAACUCUGCUGCCCCCUGCUGUAACACUGAACAAUCCAAGUGCAAGUGCAAGCCUGACUUUAACAAACCAAAUGAACUUUUUGGUAACCUUGUCUAAUCGGGCUAAUAUUGCACAAAUUAGGUGGAGAAGAAGAGGGGUCGUUGUCUUGGAUACGCCCCACUGCCUGAUGAACUGGCCUUAAUGAAACUCAUCAGCUCUGGUACGAAGCAAAUGGGUUAGUGUUCUAGAAUUUGUUAAAAUCAAAGAUGGCAUGAAAGAGCCAACAGAUAUUAUUAUUAUUUUUUUUUAUAUUGAUAAAAAAUCUACAAAUGCUGAAUCUUCCACAUCUGGGUCACACUAUUAAAUCUAGCGGCUUAAAGUCCUGUCAAGAGAUAUUUGUCAAACUGUCAACCUUUUUGAUUGAAUAAGACUGCUAGAUUUUGACACGUGAUAAUUUAACCAAACUCACAAGCCCACAACUUUUGGGUUUAGGUAGUGACGAUUCAGAUCAGAGAGACCUUUUAGGUUUACACCAGCUGGAUUUCAACAUUGAAACUUGCAACCCAAAUGAGACACUCAUGUGAGGUUCAUUCUGCUUUCUGCUUGGAUGAUCAUUUUGAGAACCAGAACAUUGGUCAUGUUUAUGGAUUUCAAAAUCAAAAUGUUACCCUACCUUUAACCAGAAACCAGGUAUUUUAAUUAACUUUUUGAUAUUCAUGUUUAACCAAAAAUUCUGCCCCCCAUCUUAAUUUCAAUCCUGUGGCUCUUCAGAAUGCAAUAACAUCUCAUGAACACAAUGUAUUUUGAAGUCCCCUUUAUUGCCUGAGAUCUGAUUGGGUGAAAUGAGCAGGACUAGGUGAGCUGAUGAAACAGAAUGUAAUGUUUGGACUUUUGUAACAACGUCGAGUUUAAGCCUCUUUCUCUCUCUCUCUCUCUUUCUCUCUCUCUCUUAGCUCAUCUGAUGCUAUCUGUUUUUCACUGUUUUGAUCUUUCUCAGGUAUUCUUAGAAGUCUUUAAGUUUUACUGUCAUUUUUUGUGCUGCUGAAUUUAAAAAAAAAAGUUAAUUUCUUUCGCAAAAUCGGGCUAUAGUGCGCACCAAAGAGCUAUUAAUGUACAAAAUAUAGAAGUAGAAUGUUGAUUUUUAUUUUAUUUUUUGUGUUUUUGUAAUAAUAACUCAAAGAUGGGUACCAUGCAAUGUACUGAAAGUCUUGAAUAUAUCAUAGUUGUAAGUACUUGCAUUUUGAUGAUUACAAAUGUGCAAUUUUUAUGUACAGUUAAGCAGUGUAAAAAAUGAAGACAAAAUGAACACAACUAAAGCUAGAUUUUAAUUUUAGCUUGGGUAAACCUUUGGUGGAAGAUCUCAAGGUUGUAUUUUCUUGCCAUUGCUAUUUACAGUUUGGAAAAUUUUCAUUGUUGACACAAAACUCUGGCCAAUGUAUUGUUUUGUAAGAAUAAGUUGCAAAAAAUCCUACACACAAUCAACAUUUUGGCAUUUUAAAACUCAUUCAUUUUUUUUUUUUACAAUUUGAUUCAUGAUGUUUUGAUGAAUAUUGACUUAUUAAGUGAAACAUCAAAAUGCAAGUGCACUUUUUACUCAUCACUUCCAUGUUGGCAUCUAUAUGCUAGGUGUGCUAGUUAGCUAUUGUCUGGCUGUAGCUGGUUUGAAAUGCCUUGUUCUGUAGUGUCCCAGUGAAGCGUGGACUGGAGUGAGUUAGUUCUGCCCCCUAUCUCCUUUCAGCAGACACACUGGUCUCUGCAGGGGGACGUGGGGACAUGAGGGACAGGAGUCUUUAUAACUUGUAACUCUGAAAUGGGUGUUCUCUUAACACAGCAAAUAAGAUAUUCCUAUGCAAGUUAAAGGCCUUGUACCUGAUUCCCCCCCCCCCCCCCCCAUGUAUUUGAGCAAAAUUUGCCCCACUACAGAUAUAUUAUAUAAGCAGCUCUUGAGGUCAAAAUAAGUUACAAGUGUGCUGUAUGCAUCUAAUUAGAAGGCGGAGAAUCAGGAAGUAUGUGUUAGCAGCCUAGUUGUAGUCUUUGGUCUCUGAGAGCUGUGAAAAGUAAUUGUAAACUCAACACUGUAGUUUAAAAUGGUAAAUAAAAAAUCAGCUACAGUGCCUUUAAAAUUGCAUUGUGAAUAUUAUACUUUGAAUAGGUUAAACUACCCUAAAGAUGUACGUAGAUGUACUCCACCAUGGUUUAUGCUUCGUCCCACAGGGGGCACUAGACCUCACUUUGGGGAACCCCCUAUAUAAAUGGAUAAACUGAACUUUUCAUUAUUAUUAUUAUUUUUUUAUAUUACUAAAUACAUCUUUUAAAAGGUAAAAACUACUCAAUACAAGAUUAAUGUUCUAAAUAACUCCUUUUGACACAUUCAUUUUUGCAGUAAAUAUAAAAUAUAUUUUAACAGAGAAAUCCAACAUAGCAUUAAGUCAAUGUUUAUAUUUGUGUGUAAAAUCUACUCAAUUAUCAUAGAAUGGCGUUACUCACAGAAUCUUAAAUGUACUCCACAAUCUGUUUACACUCUACUUUUGCAGCUCUUUCUCAUUACUGUAGUAUUUCAUUUUCUGUUCAAAUGUAUAUAAGUGUUGCGAGUUUCUUCGAAGGACAAACUCAUGAAUGUUGACAUUUGUGAGUGCACAGGCAGGAGACCCUUAUUGGAUAUAGUUCUAUGGUUAAAAGCACAAGCCAAGUUUACAUACGUUUGCAUAUUGUUUUGGAGUGGUAAAAAGGUAAUGGUUUGAAUGUGCAUACUACUGAGAGACUGAAAACCAAAGCACCAAUGUCAGCCUUGGUUUACAAAGUGGAAUUGUGCUAAACGGAAUGAAUGAAUUUGAGAGUUCAGAAUCAAAACUAUUAAAACUAUUCUGAUUUUGGAUUUAGUUUUUAAAAAUAAAUGUUCACAAAAACUGCAGACAAAUUGGUAAAGCACAUGUUUACAUAUUUUACCAAUCAAUAGAUCUUAUACAUUUUGUUAUUUCCCCAAAGGUUUUAGUUCUCAACUCUCUAAUUUUAAUAUGGCUGCCACUUUAUAUGUAAAUAUGGUACUUGAGUACAUUAAAGUUAAUGCAAAUGUUAUUUUGUCAGAUGAAAAUUGAUUUUUUUUUUUUUUUUUUUUUUAAACACAAUGUUUAAAAUGACUGAUAAUUAUGUAAUUGUUUUUGAGACAAGACUGAAAUAUGAAUUGCUAAACAAAUUCAUUGCAUUUCAUAACAUGUUUAUAGAGUUCUAAACUACAGGGUUUUCAGCUUUUACACAGAAAAAGACCCCAUGGGGACACAGGGAGGGCAUCUGACACACAGGGACAUUUCAGAACGGGUUUGUUGAGGCCUAAAUUACAGGGUUAGCAGCUUUUACACAGAAUAAGACCCUAUGGAGACACAGGGAGGGCAUCUGACACACAGGGACACACAUUAGGUGUCUAUUACCUGCGACAAUUCAGAGUGUAAUUUCAAUUUGGUUUCAGUUAGCCUGUCCAAUCAAUCCUAUACUGUAUGCUACUACUGAUCAACUUGUUUCUACUUUUUUCAUUACUGCCAUAUUUACGUUCUCGUGUACAGAUUUCUGAGUUCUGCAAAAAGAAUGUAAUCAAAUUCUCAAAAAGUGCUGAUUUCAAUUUGUACCGAAUUAUUUCACUUUUCUUAUCUUAUUUUUUAACCAGUGCAAAAUGUUUUCUUUGCAUCAUAAUCUGCU